AUGGCUGCCGCAAAUCCAACAGUGGAGCUGCAGCGGAUCCGCCAGGAGGUUGCAUGUCUUCGAAGAAAGAUUUCUUCGUUGUCACGGACGAGAAGAGCCGAGAAGCAGCGGGAAGCCAACAUGGGCUUGAAUCCCCGUCAAGUGUUUGUCUUAUUGGCGAUUUAUGUACUUACUGGUGACCCAGCGGUGGCUCUCGAGUAUAUCAGCGCGAAGGCUGCGCGUGAACAGAUGGAAGAGGCAGACGCAGAAGACAAGAAACGAUAUGUGGAAGAGCUGUACCUCAAAACAAGCUUGGAAGACAUAGCAUCGCUGCAGGAUCCUUCUGGUUCGCGGCAGGGCAUUUACAAGACUGCACAGCGUUGGAUUGCCAGACGAAAAGCCAGAAACUUCGUGUGCAAUAUGAAUGCGAUUGGCGUGGCUCCAAGUUCAGAGCAAGUUGCAGAAGAAUAUCGCAAACAAAGUGCGUCCUUUGUGCCAACUACCGAUGCCCGUGGAUUACGAGCCUGGAGCAGUCGCUUCCGUCGCAGUUUUGCCUUCCGGCUGGGCAAGAUGAAAGCGGCCAAGCCAGUGGGAGAUGUUUGUGCAAAGGCCGGGUGCUGGGUUCUCGAGACUUCCUGCACGCAUAACACCGCACGCUUAUGGUAG